GGGAAAUCACAGCGAGCAAAUGCGCUCGCCUUGCUUGGCUGCUUGUCACGAUGAAAGAAGAACGACUUGGUGCGGCGCCGAGCCCAUUUGAUUGCUUCUGCUGACGACGGUGUGACGAAUGGAGCACAUCUUAUCACGUUUGAUACUCUCUUAUGCGUCACGGUACCUUCACCGAGACUUCACCACCGACAAAAUCUCACUGUAAGCUUCAAUCGCACACAAUGAGAGACGGACACGGGACCGGUGGGUGUUCUGGCGGCUGCUGUUUGUGCAGAUGGGAGGGCAACAUCGUCCUCAAUCAGUUGGAGCUGAAGCUCGACGUGCUUGCCGAUGCAAUCGGUGUGCCGCCCUACCUUGAGUGAGUCAGCACAGUCACACCCGGUCACUUGAUGGUGAUUGUCUGGUGAUUGUCUGGUGUUUGAUUGCUUGAUUGGGUCAGGCUGGCUCGGGGAGUCAUCAGGGAGCUGCGGAUCAGCAUUCCCUGGAACGCCAUCCGCGCAGAGAGCGUCAAGAUCUCGUUCGACCUCAUUGAGAUCGUCGUCACACGGCGGAAGGAGCCCCUGCAGCAAGAGAGGAAAGAACGCAAAGUCGAGAACAUCACUCCUGUGAAAGCUCCGCCAGGUAGUCAAGAGGCAGGCGUGACGCCGUCUACUUAACUCCCUCGUAUGUUCGUCAUUGCUUGAGUGCAGACACCUCGAGCGCUGCUGCGAAGGAGAAGGGUGUGGGAUCUGGCAAGGGCCGCGGCAAAAAAGGCUGGCUGCGGCCGCUGCUGACGGCUGUGGUAGCUAAUGCUGUGGUGGAGGUGAAGAACCUGGUCAUCCGCUACGUGCAGGACGAGGUGGUCGCAUCACUCACAGUUGGAGGUGAGUGGAGGUGAGCGAGCGAGAUCGAGGACGGAGGGCACUAGAGAAAUAUCAGGCUGCCUGAUGUCGUGUCCGUUGUUUAGAGCUCAAGUGGUAUCCAACGAGCCCUGCCCCGGAGUGGAAGAGGGGCUUCACGUUCCCGCAAGGGCCGCAACAAGUCAUGCACAGAGGUACGUACACAGGUGCACGCCGGCCGACCAAGCUUGGGAAGCAGUGAGCGUUUGUGAAAGGUUUGCUGUUGCAGUGUUGGAGAUAACGGACCUCAGCAUCUCUCUCGACCCGCGAUCGAAGCCCGAACGAGGAGGUGCCAACGAGCCUCCGACACGGCCGCCGCCCUCCCAGUCAGGCGCAGCUUCUCCUCCGUCAGCGGCGUUGCCCUCCUUGUCAUCUCAGUCAUCUUUUCUGUCAGUGGUCAGCGCUCCGCCAAAGCCGCUGGCCCCUCCCGCAACUACAGGUUUUCAGCCGCUGCCGGCUCAGCGGAUGGUGGGCUUGCCUGGUGCAUCGAGACCCAGAAAGGCGAGAGCGAGGGCUGAGAGACCCAUCCUGCACAGGUGGAGAUUCAGAGUAUCGACGGCAUUUCCCUUGACGCCGGUCGACCCUGAGCUGCAGGACGCCAACGUGCAGGCAUCUGUGCAGCCAAGUGAGUGGGAGCCAUAUGAAGCUGUCACCUGCUCCUGUCGCCAUGGUCUGCUUUAGAGUUCUCGACGGAGCCCUUCAAUAUUGCGGCGGAGAUGGUGAGCGAGUCAACAGAGGGCUCUCCGUCCGUUGCUGGAUUGAUAUGUGUCUGCAUUGCAAAUAUGUUUUAUGUCAGGCAGAAAUGCGGCUGCGGUUGAGCGACACCCAAGUGCGGAGCGUCUUACGGAUCCUUAGGCAGCCCACUGUUUUGCCCAAGGCCCUUAGUGAGCCCCAUGGUAAGCACCAUAUCCCACCACCGGUUGUCUGAAUAACAUCAUCGCGAUGGUCUUGCCUGCAGGGGUUCCUGAGAGCCGCCUGUCGGUCGCUUCGUCUGACCAGGAGUCGCCAGCGACGCCUGCCCUCCCCCGUGUGACCUCAGAACCACUGCCGCAAGCCAGAAGCAGUCUGGGUGUGUCUUCUCGGCUGAACCCCUUCUCCUGGGGCAAGACAAGACAAGAAGAGGUGACGGUGGCCGUCGAGCGGUCCCCUCCUAGCACGGAGGAGCCAGAGGGCGGCCACGCCGAUGACUCCUCGAAGGAGAAUGAGCAGAAGGCGGCGAGAGGCAGGACCUGGUGGGAGUGGCUGGUUGGGGAUGAGAGUGAAGCGGAGAACGAGCCAGAUAAUGACGUUGUGCGCCAAGAUGACGUACCGUUGGCAAUGAAUGACGAGGCCAUGUCCAGCGUCGCAUCAACUGCAGAUACCAGCCAGGCAGCGGCUGACUUGGAUGAGUUCGACGAGACCCACCUGCUUGAGGAGCUGGCGUCACUCAAACGGUCAUCAUCCGACAUCCGCAUCUCUUUCACGCUGCCGGAGGUCAGCGUCGCGGUCGAGCAUUACAUCAUCAGCAAGCGACGCCAGCGGUUCCAGCCAGCGUCGGGUGCCUCUUACUCGCUCAUCACCGACGCCAUUCCCGAGGGAGGCGAGCCAUCCGAGGGCAGCGCAACAGGACAGGGCGAGGAGCCAACAGCUGCCAACGUCAGCCCCGCCGUCCUCAGCCCUCUAUUGACACACCGACAGAUCGACGACGUGCCCGUGGAUGCCGGCGAGGCGUUUCAUCGUGCCUCGUCAUUGCCCAUCAUACCACCCCUUACCGCUGAACAAGCCCGAGCCGUGAGCGUGGAGAGCGUCAGCCGCCCGAUGCCCUCUCAGCCCGCGCCGCGAUCGCCUGAGGACACAGACAGAAGGCCCAGGCCGACGCACUUGUCGGAGAGGAUGGAUGUUAGCGGCCGCUCACUGUCUGCCGAAGGGGGCGCCACGCUGGCCAGUGCGGUAUCAGUUGUUUGCGAGGACAUUGUCUGCAACGUGCGGAUGCCUCCACCAUUUGCAGGUCAGAACGAGUGAACCAAGUGGGGCAGUCGAUCGAUGAAUUGUUCUUUCUGUUUUUGUCUUCUGUGGUCAGGUGUGCAUGAGGUGGCGUUGGAGGUCGGCCGGAUGUACGGCACUGAGUUCACCGCUGAGCGGCGGCAAACACUCGUUGUCCCCGUCGCCCAGCGCGCCACCAGUGAAAGGAACAGCGAGAGGGUCAUUUUCACUGCAGGACUGCCAUUCACGAAGCAGCCAACGGAGGGCGCGGCUGACUCUGCAGUAGACAAGCGGAAGGCUCUUCGAAUGGGUGAGGGAGAUUCACACACGCCUCCAACACUGAUGGAUGAUGACUGUGUGCCGGUGGCUCGUUUGUUCAUCAGGCGUCUUGAUGCUGACCGAUGAGAGGCUGAAGAUUGCGCGGGCAAGGAAGACAAGGACGCCCUACAAGGUACGCGAAUACGAAAGGAAGCAGCCGUCAUGGACAAGUGUUCUGCUUGUGCUUCGCUGCAGCCUUCGAGGAUUCAGUCGGUGGCCGACUCGACGACCCGUCGUCUGAGCAUCCAGGUGAGUGCUUAAAUACCGCUGCUUGGUUGCUUGAUUCAUUCAUUCGUUCAUUACAUGAUUGAUUUAUUCGUUGUUGACACUCUCUGGGUGUCUUUGUCCAUCAGGUCGGAGCUGUCGGUGCCCAUGUGACACAGUCUGUGAUCCGCUUCUCGCGCUACCUCACGUCCCGCGGUGGGUCUGACGUGACGGAUAAGCACCAUCGGGAGGAGGCCGAGACGUUGCACGAGCAUGAGAGCGACAAGAGCCCGCAUGGAGCAGCAAUGGGUGACUCCCUGCCCAGGGCAGUGGAGGGCGGCAGGGAAACAGAGGAGGUCGCCAGCACGUGGGACACGUCGAUUGACACGAGUGACACUCGACUGCGGUGGGAGCUGCCUCCGACGGCUGACAUUUUUGGCGGUAAAGCGUGAAAGAAACAUAUGCUGUUCUGCAAGACGCAUCGUUGUGGCUUCGGAUGUGAAAUCAGGUGUCGAUGAAGACACGCACGUUCUCACACUCGACAUACAGCCGACACGGUGUGCGAGGGCGUGACCAAAUCCGUACAACCAUCGUUAGUCUAGCUGCAUCUGUGUGCGCGCAUGCAGGUUCUCUAUGCAGACUCUGCCCGUUCUGACGGAGACAGGACUGCUUCCAACGCUCUUGACGGACAUCUCUGUGUUCGUGCCAGCCUUGGGUACACCGAGCGCCGUUGCGGUCAAUGUGUCAGCCGCGAUGAACGGCCAAUCCGGUGAAGAAGCGCAUGCCCCGUUCCAAGAGGCGAUGGACUCCACGACGGCUGCCACACUUCUGCGGGAGGGGGCAUCCGCGGGGCUGAACGUCGGAGUGGCGUGCCAGGAGGUCCGCGUUGGCGCAAUGAUGGGCCAAGUGGCGAUCAGGAGAGAGAGGGACGGAGAGGAAAGCGAUCGGUCGGGCGUGCUGCACUUGGCACCUUCAUUCUCCUACUACAGACAGGCGUGUAGAUAAAAGGGGACUUGGGCUCGCGCUGGCGUCACUCUCUGUCUCUGUUCGUUGCAGUUUGAGGAUCGCCUGGCCCAACCGAUGGUGACUUCAACGGAGGACGUUGAGGAAGAGGGUGUCCCGCCAGUCCGAAGCCGCGAGAUUCAUGUCGUGGUCCCAUCGUGCAAGUCACGGAUAUCGGCCCGCGAGCUCAAAGAGAUCCUUGGCCUCGUCGAGAGCGUCAGAAAUCCAAGACCCAUGCGGCCGCAGGCGAUUGUCUCACCAGCCGCUCUGCCGAGGAAGUUCGAGCCGGCUUCGAGGCGGUUUCGGGAGCUGACCGUAUCAACAGCCGGCACCGCCCUGUCAACCCAUGCGGAGGUUGACUCUGAGUUGGAGUCGUCUGCAGGCUCUAGCGACCGACGGUCGGCUUCUUCGCAUGUGGAACUCGUGCUGGAGUCGAUUGCACUGCAUGGGCAGUCUGUCAGCUAUGUGCUCCCCGAGGACAUGUGUCGCUUGCCUGAGGAAGAGCCCGCUGGCAAGGGGCUGCCGUCUCCAGCAGGUGGAAAACUGGGCGAUCCAUCCGCCGCGACGGAGUCCAACAAGCGGCUGCUGUCCCACGAAGGGAGGGCCUUCGCAUGGCCAUUCAGCGAGCUCUUUGUUGACGAGGAAGAGAAAGGCGCAGCACAUGGGUCACCACAGCCGGUCGUCUUCAGCAGCUCGUCGACGGCACCGAAGCCCGAGGUCACGACGGUUGUGCUUGCUCUCGACGUCAGGCACUGUCAAGCUUUUCUGCAUCUGUCAAGCGACGCCAGGAUACCUGUCUUCGAGGCCCGCGAGGAGCGGCCGAUGUUCACCAGUUUGUUGCAACUUGCCUUUCGCAGUUGUGAGGGUCAGCCGGUGGACGAUGCAUCGAUCGAGGACUCCGUCUGCCCAUCACGGGGCCCUUCACUAUCCCAAUCCCUGCCUUACCUGUCGGGCCUGACGCUUCUGCAUCUGCCGCCCAAGCUACGGCUGCCGGCCGACGUCCAGCGCAGCCUGCCUGGGAUCUUGACGAAGCGAGUCGCCUUCUGGCGGUCCUUUCGCUACCCACUUGCACACCUGGCUCUGGCCCCAACCUCGCUUCACCUGACCCCGCAAGUCUUCAGCUCUGGUGUUGCCAUGGUGUCGGCGUGGAAGUCCCCCAACAGGUCUCUGUCUGCAACUGGGGGAGCACGCCAUGAUCAUCAUCUUUUCCGGCAUUCGAUGCCCGUGCAUCGCGGUGUUCCUUCCGAUCCUGGUCAACGCGAUGAAAGAGCUGUACUCAGCCCAUCUCGAUCGAAGGCACAUCACUCCUUGGGCGGCUCGCCGGCGCUGGAUGCUCAUUCAGAUGACGAGAGGCGGUCAGCACUGUCAGAAGACACUGGCUCUGAGGAAGAUGAAGUGGGCUUGCCAUCUGGAGGUGGAAGAUUCGACCUCCGAGGACAGCAGUGUGAUUCAGCCGGGCAAAGUGCGCCUUCGCCCGUGACGUACGUCCUGCCGCGGGCAAUGCUGGACCAGCCGUGGGAUGUGCAGAUCGACCCGAUGCUCGUGUACAUAUCAGAGCCUGACAAGACGGUGGAGUACCGGCAGCUCGCUGAGGCAGCCAUGCCCUCCAUUGAUUGGAAGGGAGAGGCAGCCGCGCUCAAGGGAUUCGAUGUCACCAUCGUCGAGUCGGAUGCGGCUCAAGACGUCUUCAAGCGGCAUACUUGCCUGUCUGUCUGCGAGGUCUCGAUCGUCAGCAACGUCAUCGGCAUCGGCGAGAGUGUUUCGAACCCGUUGGUGGCCCGGACGCCCUCUCGACACACCUCGAGGCCGACGCCGCCUCCGUCCGUCCGCAUUGAGGUCGAUGCAGCGCCAGUGACCGCACGAGUCCACGCCAGCGACUACGCGAGGCUCUGCAGCUGGACCAGGGCGGUAUCAGGGGCCGUUGCGGCAGCGACGAAAGGUCACGAUGCUUUGCAGCCUGCGAGGCCAGAUGCUGUCAUUCCCAGGAGUCCCCUGGUGCACGUGCAGCAUGGCAGUCAGCAUCCUCCCCUACUUCCCGAGGGCGUGUUACGCCAUUGGGACGGCGAGAGCGGGCAGCAGACCACUGUGGACAGCACGACAAGAGUCUUGCCUGGCAAGGCCCACGUGACACCAGGUCUCCACAACUACGCCUGGGACAAGAAGCGUCAGGCCUCCCCCACGCCCCCACUCAUCUCUGGCAUCGCGCUGCACUUCGGCCUCAGCUUUGACGCAGAGUUCUUCUCCCCCACCAGCGCACCAGACACCCACGCAGAGGGAGCAACGACUGGUUACACACUGAGUGCCAAGGUCCCCGCCUUCUUCGGUGCAUAUCGGUGGACAUCCGGUGCAACGGGUCGGAAGCCGACUUGGCAGCGCAGGGGUGGUCGUGCUUGGCAGCAGAAGAAUAUGCAGCUCAGGGUUGGGAAGCCCGCUGUCACCAUCACAUCCGUGGACAUUCCCCGCAGCCGCGAGCCCGUCAUGCGAUCGAGUGCCGUGGACGUCGUGGAGUGGGCGGAAGAGGAGGUGCUUGGCGAGCUCGCGACCCCGGGAACCACGCCCACCCAGGCAGACAGAACCCCCGACCACCCAGCUUCGGACGAGCCUCAGCGGUGGUGGCUUGCUCUCAAUGGGACCGGUCGUGUGGUGCCAGCGGGCGACAAGAGUACUCAGCCAGAUGAAGGGGAGGUGCCGGGCACCGUGAAGUGGUCGUGGUCGCUGCAGACACUUCCCUUGGGCGUGUGCUUCUGUGCGCUGGAGCUCUGCACGUGGCUCGCAGCCUUUCUGUCGGCCCACGGUCAUGGCCAGGGGAGCAAGGAGUCCAAGUCCACCCUGCAAAGCGCCGUGGACCAGAGCAACGACACGUCAUCUACUGUGUCAGUCAGCUGCGGAGCGGUCACCCUUCGCAUCCCCUUUCGCUACAUGCAGACCUCUCAUCCGUCCUUUAGCGACUUCCUCAAGCAGCAGGGCAGCUCCGACGUGGCGCAUCUGUCGGUCAGCUUCUCGAACGCAAUGUGGCAGACUGUCCCACAGCUGUCCGGCACAGAUGAGUCUUGUGCCAAGGGAGGGCUGUGUCUGUCGGCGUCCCUGUUCGGCACAGGGGGAUGCAGAGAGGCUGAAGAUCUCAUCCCCCCGACGGCUGUGGAUGCGUCACAAGACGCAUCUGGGACCGUCGUCACGGUGGGACAGAUAGCUGUGGACCUGCGGGACGAGAUCCACAUCUAUCAUGUUCUCAGCUGCAUCCACGAGAUCCUCUCGUGCCUCGCCAUCCUCCCAAGCAGCAGCGGCAGCCGGUCGGGACACUCUGCAGGAGAAGUGGACGCUGCGUCAUCUUUGUCUCUGGUGUUCGAGUCACUGACACUUCUGCUACCCAGCCCCACACACUUGUCACCUACCUCGGCAGCGCUGCCGGAACGCCACACGAGCGUCCAUGGGACCCGCAUGUGCUUUCGAAAGGAGUCGCGGCCGUCCAGGAGAGAUCUGCUGUCAGUGUCGGCAGCUCAGCUCGAUGCAAAGCUGGGAGAUACGCAGGUCUUCAGCGUCAUGCAGCGGCAAACACAGAGCGACGCCGAAGGGGAGCUGGCAGCCGCCCUUCUAGUCGAGGCAGAUGGAGAGAAAGGUGGCGUGUGUGUUCGCGUUGACCGCGUGAGGGGUACGAGCAUCUGGGGUCGGCUCUUCGAUGAUAUCUUUUCCUUCCUCUUCCCUGAUGUUUGGAAGGCUCUAUCCCCUUCCAAACGGAGACCACUGGAUGAAGGUGUUGAGAUAGCAGCAGCAGUCGUCACGGAGCCGAUGGAGGGCGAGGCUGCUCCAACGGUGAUCACCGUCACGUUCAACUCAGCCGAGCUCACUCUUGCGCCCUCGAAAGACGACCCGCGGCGGCUCAUCGGAUGGGCUGAGGAUCUAUCGGCGCACUACUCUACGUAUGAAGUGACGCCGCCAACCCACUGCUUCAGAGGGCUCCUGGGUGCCCUGGAAUUAUACAGCUGCUCGACUGACAGCAGCGGCUUCCGGUUCAGAGUCGACCAGUCGCCACCAGCAGGACUGAUCCUUGAUGACGUGAUCGUGCCCCUGAGACGCUCGAACAUCAACCUGUCAGCUGGUGCUGUUGCCGUCGCCUGUCUAGAGCCCCAUUCUGAGCCGUCCUCAUUGCUGUCCCCAUGCGAAGCGCAGCUUCGGGUUGCCAUUCUGUCUGGUGCAUCACGUCCACUGCCUGGCACCGGUGGCUGCCACACCCCGGCUCUGUCGGUCACAGAGGUCCAUGUGUCCUUGUCCGAAGUCCACAGCGUCGCCAACCUGUCCAAGCUGAGGCUAGUCAUGGACGUCUUUGCGGCGAAAGAGAACGAGAACGCCACUGCUCCGACCUGCAUCGCCACUUCACGUGCAAGCACGGGUGGUCUGGCCGAGACUCAGCAACGACAGGAGGGCCAUCAUUUGUCUGAUGAGGGCUGGUCCUGUCAGGACAUCUAUGCUGUUGUGGUCCCUUACAGCCUCUCGGUGCCUGGCCAGUCUGCGCGGAACGGGAGCCGGCGGGGGACCUCGGCGACGGCCGACCUGCAGCGGUCCAUCCGCCUCACCCCGAUCGGAGCAGCGUUCGACCCUCAGCAGAGUGAGUUCACCAUCGGCCUUGAGCCCCUGCAGACAACUUACCCCUGCUUUCGGCCGGACCCUGAAGCGUCGGAGGAGUCGAAGUCGCCGGGCUACUGGAGCUGCGUCGUCUGCCUUGAUCGCUUCGUCCACCUCGCCAGACUUGGUGUGACGGUCACGUCUGCCUCCACGCCCUCCAUUGAAACGCCAUCCCGAUACGACGCUGUCAGCCCGACCCCUUGGAGCCCUGGGCCUGACACCGACUCAUCGGAGCCGCCAUCGGCUGGCGUUUCUCCCGUCCCGCAUCAGCUUGAUGCAUGGAACGACACUUCGUUCAAGAUGCAGACGGCUGGGACGGCACCAGCAACGGAGAAGAUGGCCGACGAGGGCGCGGCAACCGCGUCUGAGAAGUCGCGGGACAGCGCACGGCGGCGUUCAUCCCGUCCAAGCUUCCACCCGAGUGUGCUUGCGAUUCCGGAGAGAGCGGUGUCGGUGCGCGCGCUUGAUGAGGCCACAGGGACUUUUGUGGACGUCCCCCCCGGCCUCCCUCGGCGUUCCGUUUCGUCGUUGCCCGUUUAUCGGACAUUCUUGCUUCAUGUCCGCAUUGAUAACAGCAAUGAGGCUCUCCCGCUUCUUCGUGGCCUGACGGGCUCGCGGCCAACGGUGCAGCUCAUCAUUUUGGCGGCCCUUCCCCUCUAUCGCAGCGUGAUGCCCACGACAAAGGACAUCGCACGUCAGAUCAUCGUGAGGAUGACAUCGCAAUCGCUCUCUUGCACGGCUCCCCAACCGCGGCAGCUGUGCCCGACCGCCUUCCCCGUUAUCGAUGAGGACCCCCUCACGCACACGAGUGUCGACGGAAUGCGGCUGUCUGUGUUUCUUGGCGCUCCCGGGAUGACGGUCAGCCUUCAGGCGGAGUCGGUGCAGCUGGAUGUGUUCGACACGUCCACACUGCAGCUCGUGCCGAUACUUCAACCUUCGGCGAGUACCCUCGUUUAUCGCACCGUCAAGACGGCUGCUGCCGGCUCUCCCGCUCAGCCCAUACCUCUUUGGGGUGGCACUGCUGGCUGCAGCCUCGUCAAGGUUUCGUUUCCCAAGGAGACCCAUGUCAGUCUGGAUCCGUCGCGAGUGGCGAGGACGCUGCAGGCGUGUCGAGCCUACGCCAACAUCUUGUCUUUCGACCCGCUGAUGCAGCCCGAUUUCGGCUCCAUGGCACGUCCCUACCUACCAGUGACAGUCAGGAAUGGGCUCCCUGUAGGUGUCUUCUUCCGGCAAUCGGGCACUGACGAUGUAGCCUUCGUCUCGUCAGGAUCUGAAGCCAUUCACAUCUGGCGCCUGUGGCUUCCUGAGGGACAGCAGACAGCGUCGCCAUCGCCGUCAUUCUUCGUCGAGGGCUUCUCUCUGGUCUUCGCUCUCGAUGCGGCCGGGCCGUGGUCACAAGCUGUGUUUGUGGAGAAGGUCGGGGCAUCAGACCAAGAGCAGGGCAGCAGCGAAAGCCAGUGGAUGGGUAUGCAGCUACCUGUGAUGACCCAACAGGAUGUUCUCUCCAGUCUUGCAGCCCCAACCGCGUCGCCCACGCCACAUGACGACGAGAGGUUUUCCCCUCCCCAUCCUGGCUUCGCCGUGUGUCUGCACAUCAAGCGCGUGUCGGCCUUCACUGUCGAGUGCUGCCUCUACCCUCCUGUCAUACUCGUCAAUCGCCUGAUGGGUGUCAGCCUCCGCUUCAUGCUGCAAACGUCGGCGGCCGACAGGCAGCAGAGUCGCCAGUCGACCAAGGCACCCCCGUACUCUUCUCAGCUCCCAAGAGCGGCAGGUGGGCGACUGGCGACGCGGGCGCCGGAGGAGGGGGAUCCCGGGGCCGGCGAAUGCGGCACCAACACAGUCGUUCAGGAGUUGCUUGGGGUAUGCUUCGAAAUGGCAACAAAAGGCACGGCGCGCGGGACCGAGAACAGUCUGUGCAACGGGGAGCUGUAUGAGGGCAUUCCUGUCGGCAUCUUGCUGCCAGACAACACGACGACAUCGGCCACCUUCAAUGCAGUCAAGGCCUCAUCUUCUGGGCAGCGAUCUCGGGCGUCAUCCGUGGUACCAUCUGAUGCGGCAAACGUCCUGCCCUCGGGCUCUCUCACUUCGAUGGAAGCAUGGUCCGAACGAGUCGUCGUCUCGCGUGGCACUACCAUGCAGGCUUCGAGUGAGCUUCUCGUCCCCUUCUCCAGAGCCGUCUCGCCGACCUCCCACCCGCCGAUCUUCGCAGUGACAAGAGCAUGCCGGUACCGGAGUGCCGAGGUCGGUGCUGCUGGUGCUGCUGGCAGUGAGAAGGAGGAGGCCCGUGACGUCCCGACCAUCGUGAGCGUCGAGCCAGCGUUGCGGGUCGAGAAUCGGAGCCCUCUGCCGGUGUGCAUCGACGUCAGUGGAUUCAGGACGAUAACCAUGCCACCAUGGAGCCUCACACAGGUAACUACGGGACACCUUAGGGAGAAGGAAUACUGCAGGCGCUAUAGUUGUCGGCGAUGGUGCCGAUCUCUGUCUGCUUGCUGUAUGUUCCAGAUUGGUGAUCUUGACCCGCGAGCAGAGUCGAGUGUCUCCCUACGGCUGUAUGCCUUUGCCCCCCUCUGGCCACACGACAUCAGAGCACCCAUUCCGUCUGUCUUUUACAAGCCAACGUGUCCUGUGCCCACUGGCGGCGUGGUGGAUGCAGGCCAGGAGCGAGCUGAGAUGGACAUCGCAGACACAGUGCUGCUGGCGAGCGACCAGCCGCUGACAGUGGGGCUUGAUCAGCACCUAACAAGGCAGGGUCAAGAGGGCGCAACCAUGGCAGACGCAAGCGUCGUUCAUCUGGCGCCGCUACGCAUGUCGGAAACCUCCAAGGAUGACAAGGGCAACGAUACUGAUGUGGCAGAGGCCACUUUGGUCCCAACCAUCGAGCUGGCUCGUCACCCAAUUUCCGGGCACAUCUCGACCAGCGUGAGCUUCCACUGCCUGUGGCAAGUCGAGAACCUCACUGGCCUGGCCAUCCAUCUAUGCGGAAUCAACGGGAGGUGUUGUGUCAUCCCGCCGUCACAGCAGCCACUCGACAGCCCAUUCCUGGGACUUUUCCACGACCAGGCGACAUCGUCGUUGAGGGCUUUCUUCGGCGUUGAGAUCGGGGACUCACCGGAUCGACAAGUGUGGACGCACUCCAUCCAAACGUGCCCCGCGAAUGCGACAAUGCGAGUGUACAUCCCUGUGGAGGCUGCCAAUCUGGCGUCCCAGACCAGGGAUGAAGGCAGGGCCUCCAUACCCGCCGUGGACGCACCUGCACUCUGCAUCGUCCUCAUCGUCACCGUCAGCCGCUCUUUGGAUCGCAUCAGGGUCUCGUUGCGGGCUCCCCUCUACUUCCGGAACACAACGAGCUCAUCCCUCGCGUGCUACCCAUGCGCUUCUGAAGCAGACCCGGCGGCUGAUCCGAUGCUUCACCUGCUACACGAGGGCCCUGGGGGAGAGGGCUUGCAGGAAUCGCUGUUUCUGCCCUCCCUGUUGCCCUUCCGAAGCCUUUCGGUCAGCACAGGCGGCCUGGAGCUGCCCUUUUGUGUUGCUGGGUCAGAUCAGAAAGACAGCGAUGCCUCUCUUCCCUGGUGCCUGAUGACCGGCUGUCUGGCGGCUGUGCUGCACUAUCUCUGUGUGACGAUGUGCCACCAUCACGGCAAGCUGCCGACAGAGGAGGAACUGCGCGGUGUGUCGGGGGCAGAGCAGAGGGGCAUCAUCGACGGUGACGAAGAGGAAAGGGAGGCUAGCAGCAGCCUGCCGAGGGACCUCGCGAGGAUGAUUGGGCUGUGCGUGGCUGACGUCGCCGUCGUCCCCCAGGGUGAAGGCCACCUGCUGUGUGGAGGGUGGGCCGACCCACUGGAUCUGCAAUUGAGGAAGGACUCGGUGUUUGGGGGAGCAGUGGAGGCCUCGCGACGUGGCGACUGGAUCGCCGGCGGCAUCAAGCGGGAUGUCCUGCUCGGAUGCGGACCUGUCAUGCAUGAAUCUGCGUCCAGUGGCUGUGGUCUUUUGUCGCCUUUCCUUCUCAACGUCGCCUACGGCCUUCAAGCGGCGACAGGCAGCCUGUACAUCGACCUCCUGCCCUCAACUCGACCGCCCAUCAUGGCUGUGAACCGCACGCCAUUCCAUCUGGCCCUGUCCCUGCCACUCUCGUGCCACCCGUCGUCACGAUUCGCUGCCCCUCCCCGCGGGUGUGCUGUGUCACCCCUCACACCAGCAGUGCCAAUGACCCCCUUUCUGCUCGCGCCGAGCGCCACGGGGCACUUCCCCUGCCCCGCACUGCGUAGCUUCCAGGUGUUCACUUCCCAGUCGUCUCUCGGCUGGCAGGCGCCCUCCCAUUCAUCAGUGCCCGGCAGACGGCAGACCAGAGACAACACCAUGGCGGAGCGGGAUGAGUCCCCGACCGACCAUGACGUGUCGGCGGAUUUGCCGUCCCCUCGGGAUGGGGCGGCAAGCGGGUUUGCGGACGAGCGGCAGUCAGCAGGAGCGUAUGGUGAGGGCCUGCGUGUCAACCCAACCGUCCGAUCGCACCUGGGCAUCCGCAUCUGUGCGCUGGGGCUCCCGCCGCAUGGGUCAGGCCGCUUCCGCAGCGGCACCACGAGCUCGGAGGUGGUCGGCAACUGGUCCCCAUACAUCUACCUGCGAUCCACACAGCUUCCAUCCGCCGCUGACCCAGCAGGUGCCAGCAGCCGCAUUCUGGUGGCCAAUUCCCAUGCAGCCGCCGAUGACGAGCCCAGCGCCGGCUGCAUCAACGUGACUGUGGUGUACCAGGCCGCCACUUGCCUGCUCGUGUGCGAGUAUGUCCCCCUGCCGCCCAAGCUGGUAUGGGACGUGGCGGCCUUUGCAGCGGGGCAAACGCGGCAGAACAGUCAGAGGACACUGUCGCGGGCGUCGAGUGUGUCGUCUCAGCGGUCGGACAGCUACGAGGAGCUGCCAGACUUUGACGAGACGAUUUCUCCUGAGGAGCGGCUCUCACUCUUCGUGAAGGAGAAGAGAAGACACAAGGUUGCGGAGAGGGCUGACAGCCUUCUUGACCCAUUGUCGCCCACUCAUCAUCCAACUGAGGAUGCUGCUGCUGGUGGUGGUGUUGAAGAGGGUCUGGGGAGCAUGGAGAGGACAUUCCAGCUGCGUCUCGAUGCCGCUGACCUGGUCCUGCACCUGCUGCGCGAGAACCAGAGGGAAGAAGGUCACCUUACAGUCCACGCGACGGUACGUGUGCACGUGUGUAGGGAAGCAGCAGCAGCAGCAACGCAGAUGUCGUUCGUGCCUGUUUUCAGGACCUGUGUUACAUUCUGUCGAGCGAGAGGAGUUCACAUGCUUUCGACGGCCUCAGCGGAACAAGAGGCCUUGAUGGGACGCAGCGAGGGCAGAAGCUGCAGCGAGCGAUGCAUCACGUCGAAUGCGGCAGACUAGGGGUAGUGCACACAAACCCACGCCCGUGGCUCAUCCAUUUUGAUAAACAACUGUGGUUGGUGCGUGCAGGUCAUGAACAUGAGUGUGCAGCCAGCCCCUCCCCGUGACUUCGGCCUGGUGCUGUCGACUCCCCGCAUAGCCCUCCGGCUCUCUGUCAUCAGCGCCCCACUGCCCAUAUCGUCCUACAUCGAGAGCUGCCGCGUGGAGAUCACGGGCCUGCAGCGAGCCAUCCUGUGGACCCCGUGGGCAGCCAACACACCAACUACGCUAGCCACUGGCGACUCAACGGGGGAAGAAAAGAGCCCGACCAACAAGGGCGGCAAGAGGGCUGCUGGUGGUGGUGGUGGGGUGACGCCAUCAAACACGCCGUCGAUCAUCAUCCGCAUCGAGCAAUCAUUCGUCCAUGCCAUCGUCAGAUUUGUCCACGACUGCCAGAGGUACGUCUCUGCGGAGGUUUUGGCGGCGCCAUCGGCUGUGAGCCCCCAGGACGGCGAUGAGGCCUCCCACCUGCGGCACCCUGUAUCUUUGGAGUCCGUGGCGCGUGUGUUCCAGUACAUGACGGUGAAGCACCUGUCGGUGUGCCAGCUGCCGGUGAGGAUCUCGCUGCGCCUCGCCCACCCUGUGUUCGUCUCCGUGUCGGACCUGUCCCUCGUCUACCCCCGUUUCGAGCUCUUCGACGUCGUCACGCCACCAGCAGUCUUCGCCAAGGAGCUGCUCGCACACUUCCUGGCCUUCUCCAUCCUCGAGUCGCCCGCUGUGCUGGGCUCGUUGGACUUCCUGGGCAACCCCAAACAGGCCUACUUGCACGUGCAGAGGGGCGUGGUUGACCUGCUGGCCAAUCCGCUGGGGUACUCUGGCCUCCGGUCCUUUGUGUCCCACGUGUCGUCCGCCUCUCUCUCAGCCGUCGCGGCCGUGGCCGAGUCAGUGCGGAUGAACCUGCCGAUGACCACACAGGCGCAGGAGGAGGCCGAGAAACAGAGGCUCGCACACAUGAGCACGCUCAUGCGGGACCUGCUUGAUGCGGACACUGAAGCUGGGAACGGGUCGCAAUCGUCGACAUCGACGGAAGGCAUCUUUUCACUAGUCGGCCGCAAGCUGGUGGAAGCCGUCACGAGACCCAUCAGCGGCGCUCUGGACGUCGUGUCAUCCGUUUCCCGCAGCUACGCAACGCCGCUUGAGGGAGACCUGGACGAGAGGCAGCACCCUCUUACCUGUGCACUUUGUCGAGGCCCGGAGGGGCUCCGGAGCCCCUCGCCGUGGAGCCCCCCUCCCUUCAGCCCCGCCCUGCUCCAGCUGGUGCUCAACAGACAUGCCGACGCCUUGCAGCAGACACCGCCGCAGCCCUUCCAGGAGUGCUUUGCCUUCGGCGGCCUCACGUCGCCGUCUGCCUCGCAGCUCGACUGGAGGGCAGGGUGUCUGGUGAGGUGGACAGCUGAGGCGCUGCUGCUGUCUGUCAGCACGGUGCCAGCUGCUGGCGUGGCGGCGACGCCCCGCAUUCCGGUCCCGUCGCCUUCAGAGAGUCCCUCCCGUCCUGUGCGGGUGGUGCUGGCGCUAACUUCCACACACGUGAGGAACAAAGAAGAGGAGUGCACUCGGUCACAGCCACCGUGCAUGUCUUGCCUGUGUGCAGGUCCACAUUCUUCAUCCGCCAGCGGAGCCCUCCCUCCCCCCCGCCACCCCUUCCCCGCCCGUCGUCCCAUCCGCCUCUGCGCAGCCACCACCAAUGCCGCCCAAGAGGCGUCGGCUGGUGCCUCCACGCAUCACCUCCCUGCCGCUCGCCACGACGGCCAUAGUGGAGGGCGGCGAGAGGGCCGCGCAUAUGACACAGGUGGUGCGGCCGUCCCCUGCCUUGAGGCACCUGCUGGUGCUGCACGAGGAGACAUCCAGCACGCGAUUCCACCUACACUUGAGGCGGCGAGAUCAGCUGGCCGGCGACAUUGACAGGGUCAGGAGGAUCGCUGCCAGCACGCGGAAGGGCGACUGGUCCAGUCGUUGUGAAUGAGGAAAGGAGCACCUGUCUGUGUGUUAGGCGUCAUGUCGGUGUUUUCUGGCUGUUUUAUGAGGCCGGUAAUUCGCAGACAGACAUUUAUUUGUGUCUGGGUCUCUUUGUCAGUCGGCCUCUUGGGGCGUAUGUGCUGACUGAAUGGACGUUUUGUUCUUUUGCAAAAGCCCGGUCGCGAACUUCACCACUGAGUGGUGAAGUUCGGUCGCAAUGUGACGUUGAGCGAGUGAGGCGAGG